AUGGCAAUGGAAAAAGGAGAUGCUGGAGCUAUAUUGGAGUAUUUCCACAAUAUGCAGCUAAAAGAUUCAUCAUACAUUUACUCACUACAGCUCGAUGUGGAUGAUAUGAUCACUAAUAUUUUUUGGGUUGACUCGCGCUCACUUAGUGAUUAUGGUCUUUUUGGAGAUGUGGUGUAUUUUGACACUAUUUAUCGGACAAAUGAAUAUGGUCGACCUUUUGCACCAUUUAUUGGGAUAAAUCAUCAUAAGCAAACAGUCAUGUUUGGUGCAGCCUUACUUUAUGAUGAAACCACUGAAUCAUUUAGGUGGUUGUUUGAGACUUUCCUUAGUGCAAUGUCUGGAAAACCGAUUAAGAUGAUUCUCACAGAUCAAUAUGCUACAAUGGCAAAAGCAAUAUCAGAAGUCUUUCCUGAAUCUCAACAUCGACUAUGUGUUUGGCAUAUUUAUCAAAAUGCUGCGAAAAAUUUGAGUCAUGUAUUUCAUUCAACAAGCCAAUUUGCUCAUGAUCUUGGCAACUGUGUGUAUGAUUAUGAAGAUGAAGAUGAGUGGCUAUUGGCAUGGGAAAGUAUGUUGGAUAAAUAUAGUCUCAAAGAGAAUAAACGGUUGAAAGAGUUAUUUGAUGUAAGAGAAAAAUGGGCUAUGGUUUAUGGGCGGCACACUUUCACUGCGAACAUGAAAAGUACCCAACUUAGUGAAAGUAUGAACAAUGUGUUAAAGAAUUACCUAAAGCCAAAUCUUGAUCUUUUGUGUUUCUUGGAGCAUUAUGAGAGGGUUUUGAAUGAUCGGCGAUAUGAAGAACUAUAUGCAGAUUUCAAGAUGCUGCAAACUGUGCCUAAGUUAUUAAAUAGUGUGGAGACAUUACAUCAUGGGGCAUAA